AGACUAAGAUUGACUACCUUUCGUAUAUUAUGUAUGAAGAAUUGGAAUAUGACAGUGUUCGUGAUCAAUACACCGAGGUCAGUUUCGACGAGUUCUCUGAGGAUUCAGAUGAACAUCAAUCACAACAUGCACAAAGAAACCCUCUUUUAAUUUUAAAAAGGCAAAAGAAAAGGAAAACAAGAAAAACAACGUUGUCAAAUUUAGCAAGAUUAAUUAAAAAAUCUGGUAGACUAAAUACAUUUCUGAAACAGCGUACAAAUAAAAAUAUAUAUUACAUACGGGAUCUGGGCAAUACUCUUCUUGGAAUAAGAUGGAGAUGGAUCCUAAUCACCUUGUUUCUUGUAAAUGUGGGUUGUUUCAUGGUUUUUGGAAUGUUAUGGUGGGUUAUAGCUAUUGGUAGUGGAGAUUUUAACCCUAAUGUAACUGAACCCUGUAUUGUAAAUACCAAUACAUUAACUGGUUACUUUCUUUUGAGUGCUGAAACCAUUACAACUAUAGGCUACGGCUAUCGAUAUCCUUCAGAACAAUGUAAUUUUGGAUGGUUUAUGCUGGUAUCGCAAGUUAUAUUGAGUGUUGCUAUUCAAGGCACCCUAGUCAGUGUAGUAUAUGUAAAGAUCACGAAACCAAUCACUACCAGUUCCACUUCUGUUUUUAGUAAAAAAGCUGUGAUUUGUAUGAGAGACGGUAAACUUCGUUUUAUAUUUAGGAUAAAUGAUUUUACCAAAAAAAUUUGGUGCGGUACUAACAUUUCUUUGUACUUCAUGGAUAAAGAAAUCAUUUACCCCAAUACAGAAUUUGAGAUUAUUCAAAUGGAAGUUGAGCCUCAUGGGUUAUUAAUAUUUCCUUUGGAAAUAGAGCAUGUUAUAAACGAAACAAGUCCGUUGUGGACGUUUCGUCCAUUGGAUAUCUUAGAAUCACGAUUUGAAAUAAUAGCCGUAGCAGAAGGGAGUUCUAAUAUAACAGGACAAGUUUCACAAAAUAGGACAUCUUACUCGAAUUCAGAUAUUUUAUGGGGUCAUCGUUUUACGCCCUGUGUAGAUUACGACGACGAAGAAGAAUGUUACGUUGUGGAUUACAAAAAAUUUAAGCAAAUUAUUCCUUUUGAUUCGCCCUUGUGCAGUGCUAAGAUGCUGGGAGAUAUUCAGCACUCAACAAGUUUAACAAAGAAGAGUUUCGAAUAUAAGUAGUUUAUAGAAAUAUUGUAUUUUAAUUUAAUUGACCUGACUUCACAUCAACACCUACUUGAAAAAAC